CAUUUCUAACCUCUUCCUAAACCUUCUCCAAAUCCAGCCUAACAAUGGCUGCCACCACCACCACAACUACCACUACUGCCACCACCACCACCACCACUUUUCUAUCUCCUUUGCUUCGCUAAUUAUAUCCCAAUCGCCUUUGUCUUUACCAUCAAAGUCAAGGAUGGAGGCCUUUUGGAUGAGCCCCACUUUUCCACAACCAUUAUCAUCACUCCUAAUAGGCUUCCUGUCUCUCCUCUUCCUUCUCCUCCUCCCUGAUCUCCAUUCCACCGCCACUGGUAUCCGCCUCGGGGUUAUCCGGAAGCCGUCCCCAGAUGUCCCCAUCUUCCGUGAAGCUCCUGCCUUUCGGAACGGAGAAACAUGUGCCUCUGAUGACAAAAUCCACAUUGCCAUGACAUUGGAUUCAAACUACCUUAGGGGUACCAUGGCAGCUGUGUUGUCCAUUUUGCAACAUUCAACAUGCCCAGAAAACGUUGAGUUUCACUUUUUGUGGUCAAGGCAUGAGCCUGAUGUAUCCUCAAGCAUCAAAUCCACCUUCCCUUACCUUAGCUUCAAAGUUUAUCGCUUUAACUCCAAAAAGGUACGUGGGAAAAUAUCAAAAUCAAUACGUCAAGCACUAGACCAACCUUUAAACUAUGCACGUAUAUACCUUGCAGACAUUAUACCAGCCGAGGUAAAACGUGUUGUGUAUCUAGAUUCUGAUCUUGUAGUUGUGGAUGACAUCAAGAAGCUAUGGGAGGUGGAUUUGGAGAACAAGGUUUUGGCUGCACCAGAAUAUUGCCAUGCAAAUUUCACAACCUAUUUCACGGACUUGUUUUGGUCUGACCCUUCAAUGUCCAGUAUAUUUGAUGGUAGAAAGCCUUGUUAUUUUAACACAGGGGUUAUGGUUGUGGACGUGGAUAAAUGGAGGCAAGGAGAUUAUACAUCGAAAAUGGAGGAGUGGAUGGUAGUGCAAAAGCAAAAGAGGAUUUACCACUUGGGUUCUUUGCCACCAUUUUUGUUGGUUUUGGGUGGCGAUAUUACUGGUGUGGACCAUAGGUGGAAUCAACAUGGACUUGGUGGAGACAAUCUUGAAGGAAAAUGUAGGAGUUUGCAUCCUGGGCCUAUUAGUUUGCUUCAUUGGAGUGGGAAAGGGAAGCCAUGGUUGAGGUUAGAUUCAAGGAAGCCCUGCACUGUGGAUCAUCUUUGGGCUCCAUAUGAUCUCUACCGUUCAUCAACUCACUCUUUGGAAGAAUAAAAGAAUUAGGAAGAAAAAAAAAGUUCGUUUUACGCAUGCAUGGGGUGGAGCUUUUGGAUUCAUGGGGAUUAAGUAGAAGAGCAAGAAGGUGACCAAUUAAUUGGGUACGUGUCCAUUUCUUUUUUCUUUUCUUUUUUUGUUCUUUGACCGAAAUGAUUGAAAAAAUAAUUCUUUAAAGUGAAAUGUAACAUAGGAAAGGGAAAUAAUUUGGGAGGCAAUUUACUUUGCAUUGAGAGUGUUACAAGGUCAAGGCUAAAUUAACUCUUUUUGUUCUAUAUAUGAGGUUUGAAGAAGAGGUUUUUUUAUUUCUAUAUUUUUUGGGUCAUGGGUCCUUGAAGGAGCUACUUACAACUUUAAGGAGGAGGAUAGUCUGCCAAUUGCCGAAUGAUCCUCUAUGAGAUCUUUCUAUGUCCCUCUGAAUUACAACUUUUCUAUAUGCUUAAGUAUGUCCGAAUAUAAUUUGGUUUAGUGUGUGUUAUUAAGUUCAA